AACAACAGUGGAGGCUUGUUUCUACGCGCCCCACAGAAGGACAGCAGCAGAUCAGCUGGGUGUGGAGCAAGAUGAAUCCCAAACACAGUCACUCUGUGAAGCUGAAUGAUGGAAACUUCAUGCCAAGGCUUGGAUUUGGUACUUUUGCUCCUGCAGAAGUGCCAAAAAGCAAAGCAUCCGAGUUCACCAAAAUAGCCAUUGAGGCUGGUUUCCGUCACAUUGAUGCAGCACUCGUAUAUGAAAAUGAGGAGGAGGUUGGAGCAGCUAUUCGAGAGAAGAUUGCUGAUGGGACUGUGAAGAGAGAGGACAUAUUCUACACUACCAAGCUUUGGGCUACAUAUUUUCGACCAGAAUUGGUUCGUACAGCCCUGGAACUAUCACUGAAGAAACUUCAAAUGGACUAUGUUGAUCUUUUCAUCAUACAUUUUCCAGUUGCUAUGAGGCCUGGGGAUGAACUUCUACCAAUGGAUGACAAAGGACAAUUUAUUUUAGAUUCAGUGGACCUUCGGGACACAUGGGAGGCUUUGGAGAAGUGCAAAGAUGCAGGAUUAACCAGGUCCAUUGGGGUGUCCAAUUUCAAUCGCAAGCAGCUGGAGAUGAUACUGAACAAGCCAGGACUCAAGUACAAGCCCACCUGCAACCAGGUGGAAUGUCACGCUUACCUGAACCAGAGCAAACUCCUGGAGUACUGCAAGUCCAAGGACAUCGUUCUGGUUGCUUACAGUGCCUUGGGAUCACACAGGGAUCCGAACUGGGUUGAUCCAAAUAGUCCACGUCUGUUGGAAGACCCAGUAUUGAAUGCCAUUGCCAAGAAACGGAAUCGUGGUGCAGGUCAGAUUGCCCUGCGCUACCUUCUGCAGCGAGGAGUGGUGGUUCUGGCCAAAAGCUUCAAUGAGAAGAGAAUCAAAGAGAAUCUUCAGAUUUUUGAGUUUGAAUUGACUGCAGAGGAAAUGAAAGAAAUCGACGCCAUCAACAGCAAUUUGCGAUAUUCUAAGUUUCUGUAUGCUGUGAAUCACCCUAAUUAUCCAUUUUCUGACGAAUACUGACCAUGAAGAAUGGAACAUUACUACCAGGACAUCCUCUUUCUCGACAUUGUAAGCAGCAUUUGUCUUUGGUAGAUGUGACAAAUAAAGAAAUAAGCAGUGUCUCUAUUUCAGUUAGAUUGCCUUGUGAUAUCAUGAAAUAUUAAAGAUUUUAACAUAAA